CUUUUUUUGACAAUUACGAUCAAGGUUAAAAUUUAUUACAAUUUAUUUGCUUAGAAUUUAGAAUUAGAAAUUUAAAAAUGACUCCGUCUAACGAAUAUCAGUAUUUAGAAUUGUUUUCGAACCUGCUAAGCAUUAUCACCGUGUCGAUAUGUUUCAUUUUGAAAAUACCGCAAAUUUUAACGAUCCUGAAAGUGAAAAAUGCAAGAGGAAUGAACAUCAUCGGUUUGUUAAUGGAACUCAGCAGCUACACCAUCAUGAUGUCGUACAACUUCCGAAGCGGCUACGCGCUAUUGAGUUACCUCGAAUACCCGAUAAUCCUCGUACAAGAAUUGAUUCUCAUAUUUUUCGUGCUCUACUACAAACAGCUACUCAACAAGUACAGUCUCGUCGGCUCGAUAAUCUACGUCUCUGCCGCAACAUCGCUUCUUGCUGGCCUCGUACCGUCCGGCCUGCUGGCCUUCUUAGUGCCUCUCUGCACCCCGAUCGGCGCUUCUUCGAAGGUCGUGCAACUCUACGAGAUCCUGCACACCAAGAACUCGGAAUCCAUCAGCGUGCUCACUUGGUUCAUAUCGGCCUUCACUAAUUUCACUAGGGUGUUCACCAUCUGCGUGGAGUCCAUGGAUCUGACGUUGCUGUUGAAUUUCUGCAUCAACACCUUCCUGAGCAGCUCCGUGAUGAUAGCCGCUUACUGGUACAAAGUGCCUGUUCGAACGAAAGCCGAUUAAACGAGUUAAAUGGGGAUUUUUUUUAUUGUUGCCGUGCCAUUUAGAUCUCUAUUAUCUCUCUUAUUUUGGAUAUUAUUUUCUGCUGUACUUUAACUGGUGUUGGGAUAGUUGUUUUAGGCUUAAUGAGUUUAUUAUUCGGUUAAUUAGUCACUAAUAAACUGAUGUUUUUGUGGGUAUGUUAAUUGUGAUACAAAUAUUUUUUUUACUCUAUUUUUAUAUAUAAAAAUUGUUGUAUUCUUACGAUUUUUGUUUAAAUUGCGUUAAUACAAACUAUUUUAUCUCGAUUUUGGUUGGUAAAUUUAACAGUUUCCUAACAGCUUCUCCGUAUUUAUCCAAAGUGUAUGUAUUUUCUCCUACAAAUAAGAAACGUCCAUUUUAAGGAUUAUUAAGUCGUAAUACAGGGUGUCCCAAAAAUUACCUUCGUUCAUAAGUUUAUCGACAGAGUCCGCGUAUACGUCGGCAUUUUCGAUUUCACCGUGCGGUUUCCCGAAGAGCUUUUCGAUGGUCGCUUUCGAUUUGUUCUUCAGCCAAUCGUAAUAUUCCAUAUCGGCUUCGGUUUUCAAAUUCUCCCACUCUUCAACGUU